GAGCAGCAUUCAGGCCUAUAUAGAAGUCAUAGCAUUCUGUAUAGGACCAAAAAGGAAAUAACAUCAAAUAACACUUAAACAGACUUUGUUGGGUAGGAAUACCUUUAGAUCAUGCAUUGACUUCCAAAAAGAAAAUACCACAGAAGUUUGCUGAAAACUUUUGUUGUUUGAAUUUUCUCUGUCAGUGUAUUUAGCCCAAAUACAACAGCUUUGGGUUAACACAUACAGAAGAAUAAAAAAAAAAAACAAAAGCUAACUAAAUAGAUCAGUCUGGUUUACCAAUACAGCUUGACUGAAAUAAGUAAACUAAUCACUUGCAUCAUGAAAAACUGUCCAACUCCUCUAAGGUUUUGACAAAAUAACCUUGGCUGAUGUGGGAAGACUCCCACUUUGAUUUCUGACCUGACAGUGAAGAUUCAUGCUUGACAUGAUUUCAAACCUGACAGUGUCUGUUUAAGGAGCUAUGGUACAGUUUGCUAAUUCAAUCCCAGAUACCUGUUGAUUACCUGUGAGAUCUAGAGUCCAAAGUAGGCAGCAGCCAUAUAUCCCUGAGUGCUCUGUGCCCAUCAGAUCUCUUAAAGUAAGCAGAGUUGGGACAGGUCACAGCUCAGAUGAGUGAGCUUAGGUGCUGUGGGCAGCCCUGGAUUUGAGAAUUGUAUCUGCUUUCUUGGGGAGUCAUCAUUGAACUAGUGUCCAACAUGGUGUUACUGUAAAUGCUCUCUCUUGGAGGAGGCCCAGAGCACACAUCCUAAGCACCUGUGGUACUCAGAGAGGGGGUGCUAACUCUGAUGCCCUGGCCAAAUUCCAGUUUAGGGAUGUGGGUCUUCUUCUUGCCAUUCUAAUUGGAAAUGUGCAUCGCUUCCAUUUUCCCUGUUGAUCUCAGUGCAAACUGCACUAGUCCGUUUCUUUGCCUGGUCCCAAGUCUCUAAGAUGCUGGUGUGUAUUACAUGGGCCAAGUUCAUGUCUUAUCCUAAUGCACAAGAGUUAAGAAAUGAGUGAGCUUGGUGUCAAAAGUGCCCUGUAGUUGGAGGGUAAACUCUUGCAAUCGUUUGGGGAUGAAAUUGGCCCUCAUUUAGCAUAAGUUGGGGAGUGUGCACUGGCCAGAGGCUUACAGCCACACGGUGUGAACUGAAAUCUAUUUUCCUUCUUUUCUUAUAGCAUGUUGAGAAAAUCUGUUGGGUUUUCAGCAGUCAGGGAAGGCCGGAGUUCUGCAGCUUUAAUCUGGGUAACUGAGGCUGGUUUGAGCAAGACUUUGGUUAAUUAACUAGGUUCUCAGAUGCCACAGACUCCGUGAAAAGUCACCAUUAUUUUCAAUGGUUGUGAUAAAAUUUCCCCCAGUAGCCAUUAUUUUAAGAUUAUAUUGCAGAGUUGCUUUAUUUGAGCUUUUCAUGUAUACACAAUCCCAAACUGGAAGAAGAAAAAAAAGGAAUCCUGCUGUGAAAGGUAUAUAUUACUCUAGAUUUUUCUUACUGUAAAUAUUGUAAGAUUGUAAUACUGUCGAUAUUUUAUUAACCAACAAAUGUUACUCUAUGUGAAUUCAGACUUAUUUUAAAUGUGCUUCUUAUUUACUGUGUGUGGUCCCUGUUGCUGACAGUAUUAAGUUAUAUUCUGAUGUAAGAUUAACUUUAUUAAAGAAUGUAAACAUUAAUGUUUCCUUAUGGGAAAACAAAUAAAGUAUAAAGAAGACAAUUCUUUUCAUUAAAAUAUACUGUGUAUUUACACUUGCUAGACCCAGCACCACUCAUAAAUUUAGUACACUGUUCAGAAUUUUAGUUAACACAGCUGACAUGGUUGUGCUUGUUUGAAAGUCUAUGAGUAGGUAUUGUUGGAAUAUAAAAAGUUUGUAUUUGUCUGCUGCAAAUCAUAAUCUUGAAAUUUCUAAUCAAGUUUGUAAAAUUUUUAUAGUAAAACAUUUUAAUGACAAUUUAAAAAUUUAUCUUCUCUAAAGAAUGGUCAAAACAAUAUCCUUUCAGAAAUAGAAUUGUUCUUUAAUAUCUUUCCAAAAUGACUUUGGUUAAAAGGACCAGAUGUAUAUUAGUUAAAAUUUAGGACAAAGUUGUGAUAUUCUUUGAGUUUACAAGUUAAUCCUUAUUGGAGAUGUGCCAAUUAUACAGUAGAAUAUCAUUAAUUUGCACUGUUUGGGGACCCCAUUAAGAAUGAAUGCUAAUUUUGCCAACUAAGAAGUAAGCAAAUGCAAUUUAAACAGUAAAUUUGAGCAUUCUGUAUUAAAUAUGUGCAGUUAUUAUCACAUGAAGAAGCGCAGUGUGUCGGGCUGUAAUAUAACCAUACUUGCUGUCAUGUUCUCCCAUCUCAGUGCUGGGAACUCACCAUGUGGAAACCAAGCAAAUGUGUUGUGCAUCAGCCGGCUUGAGUUUGUUCAAUAUCAAAGCUGAAACUAGCGAGGUCUGCUGUACUGCUUAUUGAAGUAUUGUGAUUCUUUUAGGCAUUGAUUCUUACAAAAUAUAUACUGUAACAGUAUACUUUGUACAGAUUUAAAUUUUAUUUGAAAAAAUGAAAUAAAGUAGGCAAAAAAAUAAAGAUGUUUAUUUUUCAUGUGACUAUAUAAA